UUAUUGAAGUAGUAGUAGUAUUUUUUACGUAUUUUAUUUUUAUAAGUUUACUAAAUGUAGUGUAGUAUGAUAUAGUCAUCAUCUUUCACUACUAUACAACAUACAUCCCAUAAUAUAUUAUAUAGUUAUUGCAUAUCUGCUCUAAAGUACGUCAUAGCCUAGUACAGUUUAGCAUGGUUUAGCAUAGUUUUGUUUUGCAUACUGCUGCAGCGUUUGGUAUGAUACAGGUUAAUAAAGUAUGGCACAAAUAGUACAGUGUAGUGUAACAAGCUAUAACAAUAAUAAUAACAUAGUAUAGUAUAACAACAUGCAGCACUGGGCAGAACACAGGCAUCGAAUAGAUACUGUAAGCACAAGGUUAGAAUAGUACCGUGUAGUACAGUCAUAGUCGAUUAAUUGUUAUUCAGUUGAAUGUGGACUUUAGAUUCAGGUGAAGAAAUACUAUAUGCUCUACUACAGUUUUUAUGCUGCCUCCCCCCGCCCCCCUCCACAGCAUUAUAAGGCGCUGUGGGAAGCGCGCACACGCAAAAAGCGCCCCUCAGAGUGGACGAGAGCAGCGCAACAGGUUCUGUAGCUCCUGACUUCAACGUUACAUCCUGAUAGCAUCAUGGGAGGAGUAGCCCUGGAUGACGGGCCCAGCGGGGUAAAGGCUCCAGACGGAGGCUGGGGUUGGGCAGUUCUGUUUGGAUGUUUCGUUAUCACUGGCUUCUCCUAUGCCUUUCCCAAAGCAGUCAGUGUUUUCUUCAAAGAGCUGAUCAGAGAGUUUGAUGUCGGCUACAGUGACACUGCGUGGAUCUCGUCAAUACUACUAGCCAUGCUGUAUGGCACAGGUCCACUGUGCAGUGUGAUGGUGAACAGGUUCGGCUGCCGACCGGUGAUGAUGCUCGGCGGGCUGUUUGCCUCACUGGGAAUGAUUCUUGCCUCAUUUGCCACCAGCAUCAUUCACAUUUACUUCUGCACUGGAGUUAUAACAGGUCUGGGUCUGGCUUUGAACUUUCAGCCGUCUCUCAUAAUGCUGAAUCGAUACUUUAGUGAGAGACGACCUCUAGCCAAUGGCUUGGCAGCCGCAGGCAGCCCUGUGGCGCUGUGCUGUCUCUCCCCACUGGGACAGGUCCUCCAGUUUCAUUAUGGCUGGAGGGGGGGCUUCCUCAUACUGGGGGGAAUACUACUUAAUUGCUGUGCCUGUGGUGCACUCAUGAGGCCCCUGGUGCCACCUAAGAAACUUGAACAGGCUGAGGAGGAGGCUGCAGCGGCAGAGAAGAAGCCCCUGCCUAAGAAACUGUUGGACUUCAGUGUCUUCAAGGACAGGGGUUUUGUCAUCUAUACCCUGGCAGCCUCUGUUAUGGUACUGGGCUUGUUUGUGCCUCCUGUGUUUGUGGUCAGUUAUGCUAAAAACCUCCACUAUGAGGCCACACAGUCGGCGCUGUUGCUCACCAUACUGGGGUUCGUGGACAUGUUUGCUCGUCCCAUCGCAGGAAUGGUCGCAGGACUAAAGUGGGUACGACCUCGAAGUAUCUACCUCUUCGCCUUUUCUAUGCUCUUCAAUGGAAUCACCGACCUAAUAGGCUCACAGGCGGUUGACUACACAGGUCUGGUGAUCUUCUGUAUAUUCUUUGGAAUGUCGUACGGCAUGGUGGGAGCGCUCCAGUUCGAGGUCCUCAUGGCCAUUGUUGGGACAGAGAAGUUCUCCAGUGCCAUUGGCUUGGUGCUGCUGAUGGAAGCUAUUGCUGUGCUACUGGGACCUCCUGGAGCAGGUCGCCUUUUGGAUGCCACACACAACUACAUGUACAUUUUCCUGUUAGCUGGCUGCGAGGUCGUGUUGUCUGCCUUCGUUUUGGCCAUUGGUAACUUCCUGUGUAUCAGCAAGAAAUCGGAAAACCUGGAGUCUAAGGCGGAGAUGGCCGUGAUGGCUGCAGAGACGCAGGAGCUGAAACGUGCAGUGGAGCCCGAGACAGACAGGGAAGAGGAGAUAAAGGAGGGAGGUAAUGGAAAAGUAGGGGAGGAGGUGGCGGUGGUAAAGGAGAUGGGAGAGGAUGGCACAGUGCCCAACACUGAGACGUCAUUAUAAAUAAUAAGAACUGCUAAAGACUUGAAAGACAUCUGUACCCCCAGGAGCGCACAAACAGAAAGUCCGGUUCCUUACAGUGAAUCUGCUGAUGGAGUUGAGUCUCAUUUAUCAUGCAGUAGCCUAAACACACAUUUCUUUCAUUUAGAUCACUGUAAUUAGAAGCUGACUUGUAAUAGUAACAAUUGCACCUCUUACAUUACUAAUCUUUCCCACUUAUUGAUCGUCAUCAACUGCCAGAACCAGGCUCUGCAGAGGCCUAGUAGUAAAGUAGUGCUAACCUGAGGGUAAGCUUCAAAGACGUUUAUUGUAGUGUGUUUUCUACACCAACAACCAGUAAAGGUUUAAAAAGGUGUAGUCUUUAGAUCAACCAGGCAAUAAAAGCUGACCCACUGGGUUUAAAAUUUGCCACAGAGGAGGAUUAAAACUUACACAAGCUUUCUCAGCCUGGAUUUGCUUCAUCAGGGUAAACGCUUUAAAAGGCAUUGACCAAAUCCACCUUUGGUCAUUCUUUUUUGGUCAAGCUGCCUUUUGUGCAGCAUGGAAAACCAUAUCAGUCAACCGUCAUCAAAUCAAAUCAUUGUACAUAGAAACAAAAUAUAUACAAUAAUAGUCCCCUUGUUUUUUUCUUUUUAAAAUUGUGCUCACUUCCAAUACAACAUAGUUCCACCAAUCAUAAGUCUAAAAUUCAGCCCUGAUCCAGUACAGAGCCUUUAUUAUGCAACAACAACGGUUUCAAACUUGUCUAACAGACAGAUUUUACCUUUACUCAAGGAUCAGUCCAAGCCUUGUAAAAAUUAAUUUUCAGAGGACAUUCUAAAUGCUCCAGUCCAUCCCCACUGAACAAUGAAGUCACAUUUCAUUACGGAAAUCAAGUAUCCCUUAUAAAUAUGAACCUUUUCUUAACACAUCAUUUAAGACCGUCAUUACACACGUCAUAACCUGACUGAAGAAGUUACAAGGUGCUUAUGAGAGUUGUGUUCUCAAUGCAGGCUGAUUAAUGUCAAUUAACACCCGAAUUUAUAACAUUUGCAUUUCACCCUGUUUUAUCCAAGCUGAAUAAGUCAGUACCUUACUUACUUACGCUUUGUUCUGUGACUAGUGUACCACAAGACAGCUUCCAUCUAGCCAUCCACUGACAAAUGUCAGGUGUCCGCACGUGUUCAGAGUUGUUAAUUGUUUCUACUGCUCUGUGAAGGUAAGCUUUACUGUUAAUGGUAACUGCUGUGUCAUGAUGCAUCGUUGGUCCAUGUGAAACUAGAUGCUGUGACGUGUACUGUGUCUAUGUCUUUUCUGUGUCUGAAGGUUCCAUUGCUCUGGUUUGGUGAAGACACAACCUGCUGCACAAGAAUUUUUUUUGGGGGAAUGGUGUCACAUGUAUGAGGCUGACUGUACCUACAAAUAUAUACACUAUUUUCAUUGGAGAAAUUCAAUGAUAUUUUAAAAAAUUGUACUUAUAUAAAUGAAAUAGUUCAAAGUUCAGAUUUACUUUGUUUCAGUCUCCCUCCUUUCAGAACCACAGCUGACCAUCUCUGACCUCAACCAGUCUCUUGCCUCAUUUGCUUCAGCAAGAACUAUUUAACAUCUUACUUCAAAUACCCGUGUCCCCACCCUGGAGUCAUUUCCUGGUGGCAGCUUUACCUCGAGCAUGUCUAAAAUCAUCUCCACACUACAUCAUUCCAGUCACCGUUAAGAAAAAUCUUAGCAUAGACUCUCUCCAAACGAUACAUCGGGAAUCGAGUUUAACGUAUAAUCCACUCUUACUGCUGGGCUUGUUACACAUAAGAUUAAUGCAUUUAUACAUUUUUGCAGAUCAUUUCAUCCAAAGUGUCAUUCAAGACGAAGGGUUAACAAUCAAGCUACAAAAAGGAACCUUUGAAAGGAGACCAGGCGUUAGGGAAGUAGGAUGAGAGCACACCACCAGAGACAAUUGUAAAAGGUGAAGGGAAGUACAGGAAAUUAUAAGGACAGGAGGAGUGCUCUGAAGAGCUGGAAUGAAAAUAGGCAGGAACAUAACACACUUUCUUUGGUUUCAAUCCAGGUGAACCCAGGUGCGACACAAUCCUUCUCCUGAACCCAUCCAACAUUCUGACAGCACGACUUGCUCCACUCUGACUGAUCUGUCAUUCCUGUGACUGAUCAACUUAGUUACUGAAGGUCUGCAGAUCACCCUUGU